CUCAAUGAUGGCACCACAGGAUUUAGUGCUUCUCCUGGCUUGGACGUAAACGUCUAUCCUGUUUAUGCUGCCAAUAUAACCGGUAAAGGCGUCAUUGCUAUUGUCGUUGACGAUGCUCUCGACACUACACAUGAAGAUCUGCGCCCGAAUAUUAGAAUGGACUUGACGGCCGAUUUGUUAAACUACACUCGUAAAGACGCGAGAGGCACUGACAUGCAAAUGAAGAAGUCGAAUGAUCAUGGAACAGAAGUUGCGGGACUCCUUGCUGCCGUGGCUAAUAACUCCAAGUGUGCCUUUGGCGUGGCCUACAACACUACGCUUGGUGGUGUUCGAUUGUUGGGCGAUAAGGUGACCGACUUCAUGGUGGGUGAGGCGCUGGUUCGUUUCUCGAAGGAGGCCAACAUGUACAUCUCGUCGUGGGGACCCAGCGACAACGGACGAGUUAUGCGCUCGCCGAAGAAGUACAUGAACUUCGCGCUCAACAGGACAGCACACAAGGGCAACCACGGCCGUGGCUCGGUGUUUCUCUUUCCCGCUGGCAACGGCGGUGAAGUGGACGACAACUGUGGCGCCGACGGCUUCGUCAACAACGUCCACGUGGUGUCGGUGAACGCCAUUGGCGAGAACGGACUGGCACCGGCCUAUGCGGAGCGCUGUGCCGCUGUCUCAAUCGCUGUGCCGAUUGGCGGGGCACCCGACAAGGUCACCUUCCGCCACCAGAUCUCCCGUCGACAUUUUUUUGUGUCAACCACGGAUAUCAACAAUCGCUGCACAAAACAGUUUGUUGGAACCUCGGCCUCCAAUCCGAUGGUCGGCGGCGUUAUCGCCCUUGCCAUGGAAGUUAAUCCAAAUCUCACCGCAAGGGAUGUAGCCGCCAUUCUCUCGUUCAGUGGUCGUAUUCCAGUAGCUGCGGCGACAGAUUUCAACAUCAACGGAGGCGGGAUGUUGGUGAGUCACACCUAUGGAGCGGGUCUUUUGAACGCAGUUCGAAUGGUGAAUUUGGCAAAGAAUUGGAAUCCACUCGGACAACGAUUCUCCUGUCUUCAGAGUCGUGGUGAAAUGUGGCAGAGAGGAAGACAUCAAUACCAGAAAAUGUCGAAACUCUUCAAGAAAUACACCUUUGAAAAACUCAUCUUCCCUGGCAAGGCGACCGCCUUCACAUUCACUUUCUCACAGUCCGACUGUCCAGUUGAGGUCCUGGAGUUGGUUCGUGUGGAGAUGCAUUGGGCGCACGAACGCCGCGGUUCGCUAGACGUCUGGCUCAUCUCCCCCAGCGGGCAGGUAGCCAAUCUUCUGGCGCCACGUCAUCGCGAUCGUUUCAGCGGCAUCAGUCACAUGUCCUGGAAGAGCCUCAUUCACACAGGCGAACGGUGCCACGGUAAUUGGACAUUGAUGGUUAUGGACAAACAACCCAGAGGAUUGCACCACCGCUAUUUCGCAAAAAAGCCAAGCGGAUUUGUGCGUUUCGUUAGCAUGGAGAUGCUUGGCACUCGCGCUGCCGAUAGUGCGUUUGAGAAGAACAAGGAAGCCAUCUCCAAGCACUGGUUGCGCAUUCAAAACAGAACUCGAAGUAUCAAUCGAGCUGUGUACCUCCGUCCGCAGACUCUGCACAAAAUUUACGACUGGCAACGUUGGGACGCGUUGAGUGAAGAUGUAGAACCCUAG